UUUCUGCCGGCAGUCAGCGGUGGCUUCCAGAGUCUGAGCAGGCUCCUUCACAGCCAUGGCUGAGGGCGGAGAAGGGGAAGAUGAGAUCCAGUUCUUGAGAACUGAUGACGAGGUCGUGCUCCAGAGCGUCGCCACCAUCCAGAAGGAGCAUCGCAAGUUCUGCCUGGCCGCAGAGGGACUGGGAAACCGUCUGUGCUACCUGGAACCCACAUCUGAAGCUAAGUAUGUUCCUCCAGACCUGUGUAUUUGUAACUUUGUGCUGGAGCAGUCCCUGUCGGUGCGGGCCCUGCAGGAGAUGCUGGCUAACACGGGACAGAACAGCGAAGGGAGGUUGAUUAAAAAGGCGGGUCAGGGGGGUGGACACCGGACCCUGCUCUACGGUCACGCCAUCCUCCUUCGCCACUCCUUCAGUGGCAUGUACUUGACCUGCUUGAAAACUUCAAGGUCUCUGACCGACAAGCUGUCGUUUGAUGUCGGACUGCAGGAAGACUCAAUAGGAGAGGCUUGCUGGUGGACCAUUCACCCUGCAUCCAAGCAGAGAUCAGAGGGAGAGAAAGUCCGCAUCGGGGACGACCUGAUUCUUGUCAGCGUGUCUACAGAAAGAUACUUGCAUCUUUCGAUUUCCAAUGGCAACAUUCAGGUGGACGCCUCCUUCAUGCAGACGCUGUGGAACGUCCAGCCGACCUGUUCCUCAGGGAACAUGGCUGUAGGAUAUUUGAUUGGUGGCCACGUGAUGCGUCUCUGUCACGGCCAUGAUGAGAGUUUGACCAUCCCCGGAGCGGACAAGAGCGAAGAGGAGCAGAGAAGAGUCAACUAUGAGGCAGGAAAGGGAGCCUCAAAGGCCCGCUCUCUGUGGAGACUGGAGCCUCUCAGGAUCAGCUGGAGCGGCAGCCAUAUCCGAUGGGGCCAGCCGUUCCGAUUACGCCACCUCUCCACGGGCCAUUAUCUGGCUCUGACCAAAGACCGGGGACUGGUCCUGCAGGACCGGGAGAAGUCCGACACCAAGUCCACCGCCUUCUGCUUCAGGGCCUCCAAGGAGAAGGUCGACUCGGGCCCGAAGAGGGACAUCGACGGCAUGGGAGCGCCGGAGAUCAAGUACGGAGACUCGGUCUGCUUCGUCAUGCACAUGGAGACGGGCCUGUGGCUGUCCUACCUGGCGCCCGACGCCAAGUCGUCUCGUCUCGGUCCCCUGAAAAGAAGGGCCUGCCUGCAUUCUGAGGGCCACAUGGACGAUGGUCUCAUCCUCCAGCGCUGCCAGCACGAGGAGUCUCGGGCGGCGCGCAUCAUCCGUAACACCACGUUCCUCUUCACCAACUUCAUCAAGGCUUUGGACAGCACUGCUGCCGGUGAAUCUAUGGCGGUCGCCGGGUACGUCGAAGAGGUGCUGCAGACGCUGAACGACCUGAUCGAGUACUUCAAGCAGCCCGACUCGGAGCUGGAGCACGAGGAGAAGCAGUGUCUGCUCCGGUCGCUCAUCAAACGGCAAGACCUCUUCAAAGAGGAGGGAAUGCUGACCCUCCUGUCCAAAUGCAUCGACCGGUUGAACUUGUACAACAGUGCGGCUCACUUUGCGGAGAAGGCCGGGGAGGAGGCCGGAGCGGCGUGGAAAGACAUUCUGAACCUCCUCUAUGAACUUUUAGCUUCACUGAUCCGUGGCAACAGAAACAACUGCACUCAGUUCUCCCGCAAAUUGGACUGGUUGGUCAGCAAACUGGAGAGGCUUGAAUCCUCAUCAGGAAUCCUGGAAGUCCUUCACUGCAUCUUGGUAGAAAGCCCAGAGGCUCUGAACAUCAUCCAGAGAGGGCACAUUAAAUCCAUCAUCUCUCUGCUCUACAAGCAUGGGCGCAACCACAAGAUUCUGGAUGUCCUGUGUUCCCUCUGCGUCUGCAAUGGAGUCGCCGUGAGAGCCAAUCAGAAUCUGAUCUGCGACAACUUGCUUCCCAAGAGGGACCUGCUGCUGCAGACCCGACUGGUCAAUGACGUGCAGAGCAUGAGGCCGAACAUCUUCCUGGGCAUGGCAGAGGGUUCUGCUCAGUAUAAGAAGUGGUAUUUCGAGCUGGUCAUUGACCAGGUUGACCACUUCGUAACUGGGGAGCCGACUCACCUGAGAGUGGGCUGGGCCAACACCAAGGGCUACGCUCCGUACCCCGGCGGAGGAGAGGGCUGGGGAGGGAACGGAGUCGGGGAUGAUCUGUACUCCUACAGCUUUGAUGGGCUUCAUCUCUGGUCAGGUCGCAUCCCGAGGGCCGUGGCCUCCAUUAACCAGCACCUGCUGAACUCGGACGACGUGGUCAGCUGCUGUCUGGAUCUGGGCGCUCCCAGCAUGUCCUUUAGGAUCAACGGGCAGCCCGUCCAGGGCAUGUUCGAGGACUUCAACACCGACGGGUUCUUCUUCCCGGUCGUCAGCUUCUCUGCAGGUGUCAAGGUGCGUUUUCUGUUGGGCGGACGACACGGCGACUUCAAGUUCUUGCCGCCCGCCGGCUACUCCCCGUGCUAUGAGGCGCUGCUGCCCAAAGAGAAGAUGUAUGUGGAGCCCGUGAAGGAGUACAAGAGGGACCAUGAGGGGGUCCGCGAUCUGCUGGGAACCACCCAGUUCCUCUCUCAGGCCUCCUUCAUUCCCACUCCUGUCGACACCAGCCAGAUUGUUCUCCCUCCUCAUCUGGACAACAUCCGGGACAAGUUGGCAGAAAACAUCCAUGAGCUGUGGGGAAUGAAUAAGAUCGAGCUGGGCUGGACAUACGGCAAGGUUCGGGAUGACAACAAGCGGCAGCACCCUUGCCUUGUGGAUUUCAUCAAGCUGCCCGAAACUGAGAGGAACUACAACUUGCAGAUGUCUAGUGAAACGCUGAAGACCUUGUUGGCACUGGGCUGCCAUGUAGCCCAGGUCAAUGUUAACGCUGAAGACGAUCUGAAGAAAAUCAAAUUGCCCAAAGACUACGUGAUGUCUAAUGGGUAUAAGCCUGCGCCACUGGACCUCUCUGACGUGAAGCUGAAUGCAGGCCAGGAGGUUCUAGUUGAUAAACUGGCUGAAAACGCACACAACGUGUGGGCCAAAGACCGAAUCAAACAAGGAUGGACCUAUGGCAUCCAGCAGGAUUUGAAGAGCAGGCGUAAUCCUCGCCUGGUGCCAUACGCUUUGCUGGAUGAGCGCACAAAGAAAUCUAACAGGGACAGUCUGAGAGAGGCCAUCAGGACGAUGGUUGGAUAUGGAUAUGACAUUGACCCGCCUGACCAGGAGGUUGUGCACGUGUCAGACGAUCAGAGCAUCGAGACCAUCCGCUUCUUCCGCGUGGAGCAGACGUACGCACUGAAAACAGGGAAGUGGUACUUCGAGUUUGAGGCCUUGAGUGGAGGAGAUAUGAGGGUCGGCUGGGCCAGACCGGGCUGCAGACCAGACGUGGAGCUGGGCUCAGACGACCAAGCCUUCGUCUUUGAUGGAUAUCGGGGACGACGCUUGCAUGCAGGCAGCCGCUACUUUGGACAUCCGUGGAAAAAGGGCGACGUUGUUGGUUGCAUGAUCAACAUGGAGGACAAAUCCAUGAUCUUCACCCUGAACGGAGAGCUCCUGAUCACCAACAAGGGCUCCGAGCUUUGCUUUGCCGACUUCGAGACAGAGGACGGCUUCAUCCCCGUCUGCAGCCUCGGCAUGUCUCAGAUUGGCCGCAUGAACCUGGGCAAGGACGCCAGCACUUUUAAAUACUACACCAUGUGUGGCCUGCAGGAGGGCUUUGAGCCGUUCGCUGUCAACAUGAACAGAGAGAUCACCAUGUGGUUCAGCAAGCGCCUGCCCACCUUCGUCAACGUCCCCCCGGAGCACAUGCACAUCGAGGUGACGAGGAUCGACGGGACAGUGGACAGCCCUCCUUGCCUGAAGGUCACCCACAAGACAUACGGCACCCAGAACAGCAACAACGACAUGUUGUAUUGCAGACUGAGCAUGCCGGUGGAGUUCUACUCCGCAGACAAGCUGCUGGACGAAUCGCUGAAACUCAGCCAUCCUCCAAAGGAAGAUGGAAGCAUUGACUAUGGAAGCAUCACAACUUACUACCACUCAGUGAGAGUGUUUGCUGGACAGGACCCCGCCUCGGUGUGGGUCGGCUGGGUCACGCCGGACUAUCACUACUACAGCAAGAACUUCAGCCUCGGCGAGACGCGCACCGUCACCGUCACGCUGGGAGACGAGAGGGGCCGGGUUCACGAGAGUGUCCAAAGAGGGAACUGCUACAUGGUGUGUGGAACAGACGCGGUCGGCACGUCCCCCUCCACCCGCUCCAGCUCCGACCUGGAGAUCGGCUGUCUGAUCGACCUGGCCACUGGCCUCCUCUCCUUCAACGCCAACGGCAAGGAGCUCCCCACAACCUAUCAGGUGGAGCCCAACACCAAGCUCUUCCCGGCCGUGUUUGUUCUCCCGACCAGUGCAAACCUCUUCCAGUUCGAGUUUGUCAAGAUCAAGGAUGCCAUGCCGCUGUCCUCGGCCAUAUUCAAGAGCGAGCACAGGAACCCGGUGCCGCAGUGCCCGCCGCGCCUGGACGUGCAGACCAUCGUGGCGGUGCUGUGGAGCCGGAUGCCCAACACCUUCCUCAGCGUGGAGACGGCCCGUGUCAGCGAGCGGCACGGCUGGGUGGUGCAGUGUCUGGAGCCGCUGCAGAUGAUGGCUGUACACAUACCUGAAGAAAACAGGUGUUUGGACAUCCUGGAGCUGUCCGAGCUGGAAGGCUUGAGGAAAUUCCACUACCACACCCUGAAGCUGUACUGCUCCCUCUGCGCGCUGGGAAACACCCGCGUCGCUCACGCCCUGUGCAGCCAUUUGGACCAGUCGCAGCUCCUCUACACCAUCGACAACCAGUACCUGUCCGGCAUGCUGAGGGAGGGCUUCUACAACGUCCUCAUCAGCAUCCAUCUCGAGACGGCGAAAGAGGCCCGUCUGAUGAUGAACAACGAGUUCAUCAUCCCCGUGACCGACGAGACGCGCUCCAUCAAGCUGUUCCCCGACGAGUCCAAGAAGCACUCGCUGCCCGGCGUGGGCCUGAGCACCUCCCUCAAGCCGCGGGUCAACUUCUCCCCCGUCGGCAUCAUCAGCACCAAACGCCACCAGUACCUGUGCAGCCCCCAGAUCCCCCUGGUGGUCCUGAAGGAGAAGGCCAUCAGCAUGCUGUCCGAGGCCGUGCAGGGCGGGGGCACCCACAUCCGCGACCCGGUGGGCGGCAGCGUGGAGUACCAGUUCGUUCCCAUCCUCAAGCUGAUCGGCACGCUGCUCAUCAUGGGGGUGCUGACCAGCGAGGAGGUGCGGCUCAUCCUCCUCCUGAUCGACCCCAACGUGUUCGGAGAAAGCAAGGAGGGGGAGGAGGGCAAGGGCGACGAGGCGGCCGCCACGGGGGAGAAGGAGGACGUGAGCAAGAACGAGGAGAAGGCCGUGGAGGCGGGAGAGGAGGAGACGAAGGAGAGCAAGUCGCCCGUCAAAGGCCUGCUGGAGAAGUCUCUACCGGAGUCUGUCAAACACCAGAUGUGCGAGCUGCUCCACUACUUCUGCGACUGCGAGCUGAAGCACCGCAUCGAGUCCAUCGUCUCCUUCUCCGACAGCUUCGUCUCCAAGCUGCAGUACAACCAGAAGUUCCGCUACAACGAGCUGAUGCUGGCUCUCAACAUGUCCGCCGCCGUCACCGCCAAGAAGACCAAAGAGUUUCGCUCGCCGCCGCAGGAGCAGAUCAACAUCCUGUUGAACUUCAGUGCAGGCGAGGACUGUCCCUGUCCGGAGGAUAUCCAGGAGGAACUGAACUCCUUCCAUGAAGAACUGCGACUGCACUGUGGAAUUCCGGUGGAGGAGGAAGAGGAGGAGCAGGACACCUCGAUAAAAGGCCGGCUUCUGGCUCUGGUCUACAAGAUCAAGGGGCCGCCUCAGAAGACUGAGGAGGAGCCUGCAGAGAAGGAGCAGGCUGCCCCGACCAACCUGAAGGAGCUGAUCUCCCAAACCAUAACCAGCUGGGCUCAGGAGUCUCACAUCCAGGACCCAGAGCUGGUUAGAGUGAUGUUCAGCCUGCUGAGGAGGCAGUACGAUGGCAUCGGGGAGCUGCUCCGCGCCAUGAAGAAAUCCUACACCAUCAGCGCGGCAUCCGUGCAGGAUGCUAUUAACCUGUUGGUGUCUCUGGGUCAAAUCAGGUCUCUGCUGUCAGUGCGAAUGGGCAAAGAGGAGGAGAAACUCAUGAUUGAUGGGCUCGGUGAUAUCAUGAACAACAAGGUUUUCUACCAGCAUCCUAACCUGAUGAGAGUGCUGGGCAUGCAUGAGACGGUCAUGGAGGUGAUGGUCAACGUGUUGGGAGGAGACAAGUCACAGGAGAUCGCCUUCCCCAAGAUGGUGGCCAGCUGUUGUCGUUUCUUAUGCUACUUCUGUCGCAUUAGUCGCCAGAACCAGAAAGCCAUGUUUGACCACCUGAGCUACCUGCUGGAGAACAGCAGUGUCGGUUUGGCCUCUGAAGCAAUGCGAGGCUCCACUCCGCUGGACGUCGCAGCUUCUUCAGUGAUGGACAACAACGGCCUGGCUCUGGCCCUGGAGGAGCCGGAUCUGGAAAAGGUGGUGACGUAUCUGGCAGGCUGCGGCCUUCAGAGCUGCGCCAUCCUGGUGGCUAAAGGCUACCCAGACCUGGGCUGGAACCCCAUCGAGGGCGAGCGAUACCUGUCCUUCCUCAGGUUCGCCGUCUUCUGCAACGGUGAGAGCGUGGAGGAAAACGCCAACGUGGUGGUGAAGCUGCUGAUCAGACGUCCCGAGUGUUUCGGCCCCGCCCUGCGGGGGGAGGGGGGUCAGGGUCUGCUGGCCGCCAUGAAAGAAGCCAUCAAGAUCUCCGAGGAUCCUGCUCUUGACUUACCCAAGACCCCCGCUGGAGUCGCCACAGGGUCGGGGGAGGAAGAGGAGGAAGUGAUCCAUAUGGGUAACGCCAUCAUGUCCUUCUACUCGGCCCUCAUCGACCUGCUGGGACGCUGUGCUCCCGAGAUGCACCUCAUCAAUGCAGGUAAAGGUGAGGCGCUGCGCAUCCGAGCCAUCCUGCGCUCCCUGGUUCCCACCAUAGACCUGGUGGGCGUCAUCAGCAUCCCCCUCAAAAUGCCCGUCAUUAAUAAAGAUGGGACGGUGACGGAGCCCGACAUGUCCGCAUGCUUCUGUCCGGACCACAAGGCUCCCAUGGUGCUCUUCCUGGACAGAGUGUACGGCAUUGAGGACCAGAGCUUCCUGCUCCAGAUGUUGGAGGUCGGCUUCCUGCCUGACCUCCGAGCCUCGGCGUCUCUGGACACAGAGGUGCUGAGCACCACGGAGACGGCGCUGGCCAUGAACCGGUACAUCGGCUCGGCCCUGCUGCCCCUGCUGACCCGCUGCGCCGCCCUCUUCGCUAACACGGAGCACUACGCCCAGCUGGUGGACUCCACGCUGCAGACCAUCUACCGCCUGUCCAAGGGCCGCUCGCUCACCAAGGCUCAGCGAGACGCCAUCGAGGAGUGUCUGCUGGCCAUCUGCAAACACCUGCGUCCCUCUAUGAUGCAGCAGCUUCUCAGACGCCUGGUGUUCGACGUUCCCAUGCUCACUGAGUACUGCAAAAUACCUCUCCAGCUGCUCAUCAACCACUACGAGCAGAACUGGAAGUAUUACUGCCUGCCGUCUGGGAUGGGCAGCUUUGGCAUCGCGUCGGAGGAGGAGCUCCUGCUCACCAAGAAACUCUUCUGGGGAAUCUUUGACUCACUUUCUCAGAAGAAAUAUGAUGCCGAACUCUUCAAAAUGGCCAAGUCAUGCCUGUGCGCCAUCGCCGGGGCUCUGCCUCCCGACUUCGUGGACGCCAGUUUAGGGGCGACUCUGGAGAAGCAGGCGUCGGUGGAUGCACAGGGGAACUUUGACCCCAGGCCGAUCAACACUGCCAAUAUCUCCCUUCCUGAAAAACUUGAGUACAUUGUCAACAAAUAUGCAGAGCAUUCCCAUGACAAGUGGUCCUCGGAGAAGAUGUCAGCGGGCUGGAAAUAUGGGGACAGCGUGGACGAGCAAGCCAAAAGCCAUUCAUUACUGAAGCCGUACAAAGCUCUCAGUGAGAAGGAGAGAGAAACCUACCGCUGGCCAGUGAGGGAGUCUUUGAAGAGCAUGUUGGCGAUGGGCUGGAACAUCGAGAGGACCAAAGAGGGAGAAGCCUUGUUCCAGCAACGAGAGAGCGAAAAGCAGCGAAAGAUCUCGGAGUCUCAGGGUAAUGGCUUCAGUCCUGCUCCCAUGGACCUGCACAAUGUCACUUUAUCAAGAGAGUUGCAGGGCAUGGUGGAAGUGGUUGCAGAAAAUUACCAUAACAUCUGGGCUAAGAAAAAGAAAACGGAACUCACAAGUAAAGGAGGAGGGACCCACCCGCUGCUGGUUCCCUAUGACACCCUGACCGCUAAAGAGAAGUACAGAGACCGAGAGAAAGCCCAGGAGCUCUUCAAGUUCCUGCAGAUCAGCGGCUAUGCCAUUACAAGAGGUCUGAAGGACUUGGAGCAGGACUCGUCGUCCAUGGAGAAGAGGUUUUCCUUCAAGUUCCUCAAGCGGAUGCUGAAGUACGUCGACUCUGCCCAGGAGUUCAUCGCUCAUCUCGAGGCGAUGGCCACCAGCGGGAAGACGGACAAAUCGCCUCACGACCAGGAGAUCAAGUUCUUUGCUAAGGUGCUGCUUCCUCUGACUGAUCAGACCUUUAAGAACCACUGCCUCUACUUCCUGUCCACGCCCAGCAAAAACCUGAGCAGCUCCGGCUGCGCCUCCAGCAAAGAGAAGGAGAUGGUCACCAGCCUGUUCUGUAAGCUGGCAGCUCUUGUCAGACACAGGAUUUCUCUCUUUGGAAGUGAUUCAGCGAUGAUGGUGAGCUGUUUGGACAUCCUCACUCACUCACUGGACACCAGAACAGUGAUGAAGUCGGGCUCGGAGCUGGUGAAAGCCGGGUUCCGGACGUUCUUCGAGAACGCGGCCGAGGACCUGGAGAAGCUGCUGGAGAUGCUGAAACUGGGGAAGUUCCUCCAGUCUCGGGCUCAGAUGAAGAGCGUCAGUCAGAGCAUCAACUACGUGACCGUGGCUCUGCUCCCCAUCCUCACCGCCCUGUUCGAACACAUCAGAGCGCUGGAGUUCGGCGUCGACCUGCUGUUGGAUGACGUGCAGCUCUCCUGCUACCGAAUCCUGACGUGUUUCUACUCUCUGGGAACAGGAAAGAACGUCUUUGUGGAGAGGCAUCUGCCAGCUUUCGGGGAGAGCUUGGCGACGCUUGUCGGAGCCAUGCCGGUGGCGUUCCUCGAGCCUCACCUGAACGCCCACAAUCCCCUGUCUGUCUUCAACACCAAGACUCCCAGAGAGAGAGCCAUCUUGAGCAUGCCCGACACCGUGGAGGAGAUGUGUCCCGAAAUGCCUCGUCUGGACAGGCUGCUGAAAGACGUCAACGACGUCUCCGAGUCCGGCGCUCGCUACAGCGACAUGCCGCAGGUCAUUGAGGUCAUUCUCCCGAUGCUGUGCAACUAUCUGUCCCAAUGGUGGGAGAAGGGUCCCGAGAACUCGCCGCCGGACGCCGAGUGCUGCACCAUGGUGACGUCUGAGCACCUCAGCAUCAUCCUGGGAAACAUCCUCAAGAUCCUCAACAGCAACCUGGGCAUCGACGACGCCCCGUGGAUGAAGAGGAUUGCAGUCUACUCUCAGCCAAUCAUCUGCAAAGCCGGAGCAGAUCUGCUGAGGACCCACUUCCUUCCCACUCUGGACAAACUAAAGAAGAAGACAGUGAAGGUCGUGGCUGAAGAGGAGCUGCUGAAGGCUGAUAGCAAAGGAGACAACCAGGAGGCCGAACUCCUCAUCCUGGACGAGUUUGCUGUGCUGUGCAGGGAUCUCUAUGCUUUCUACCCCAUGCUCAUUCGCUAUGUGGACAACAACAGGUCCAGGUGGCUAAAAGAGCCGGAUGCAGACUCCACUGAGCUCUUCAGGAUGGUGGCUGAGAUCUUCAUCCUCUGGUGCAAAUCACACAACUUUAAGCGAGAGGAGCAGAACUUUGUGGUGCAGAAUGAGAUCAACAACCUGGGCUUCCUGACCGGCGAGGGCCAGACCAAGAUGUCCAAGUCGGGUGGGGACCAGGAGAGGAAGCACAAGCGGCGCCGUGGCGAAUACUACUCCAUCCAGACGUCGCUGAUCGUCGCGGCCCUGAAGAAGAUGCUUCCAAUCGGUCUCAACAUGUGCACACCUGGAGACCAGGAGCUCAUCUCACUGGCGAAGAUACGCUACAGCCUGAAAGACACAGAUGAUGAGGUGAAGGAGCACGUGCGGCAGAAUCUCCACCUCCAGGACAAGUCUGAUGACCCAGCCGUCCAGUGGCAGAUGAAUCUGUACAGAGACGUUGUGGUGAAGAGCGAAGAACCGGCAAACCCCGAACACACGGUGGACCGGGUCCAGAGCAUCUCUGCCGCUGUCUUCCACCUGGAGCUGGUGGAACAACCUCUGAGGAACAAGAAGUGUGUGUGGCAGAAGCUGCUGUCCAAACAGCGAAAGCGAGCCGUCGUGGCCUGUUUCCGUAUGGCUCCCCUCUACAACCUUCCCAGAUACAAAAAUAAUAAUUACUUCCUGAAUGGCUAUCGGGAGGUUUGGCUGGAAAGGGCGUUCAAAGCCUCCAGCUUUGACAGCCUGUUCUCCCUGCUGACGAAAACCCCGAUGAAGAUUGUGGAGGAGGAGGAAGAGGAGGUGGCUGAGAUCCAGCCGGACCCCCUCCACCAGCUCAUCCUCCACUUCAGCCACAACGCUCUCACCGAGAGAAGUCACUUGGAAGAAGAUCCUUUGUAUAUUGCGUACGCGGAUAUGAUGGCAAAGAGCUGUGCAGAGGAUGAGGAAGAAGAAGAGGAAGAAGGGAAAGAAAAGACAUUUGAGGAAAAGGAGAUGGAAAAGCAGAAGAUCUUGUACCAGCAGGCGCGGCUUCACGCUCGCGGCGCUGCUGAGAUGGUGCUGCAGAUGAUCAGCGCCAGUAAAGGGCGUCUGGGCCCCAUGGUCACCUGCACCCUCAAACUGGGCAUCUCCAUCCUAAAUGGAGGCAACGUGCAAGUGCAGCAGAAAAUGCUUGAUUACUUGAAAGAGAAAAGAGACGCAGGGUUUUUCAAGAGUCUCUCAGGACUGAUGCAGUCGUGCAGUGUCCUGGACCUGAAUGCAUUUGAAAGGCAAAACAAAGCAGAAGGACUUGGCAUGGUGACAGAAGAAGGUUCAAUCCACACUAAACGGGGCUCCAAGGUACUACAGAACGAUGAGUUUACUAAAGAUCUUUUCCGGUUUUUGCAACUUCUUUGCGAGGGGCACAAUGGAGAUUUCCAGAACUUCCUGCGAACCCAAACUGGCAACACGACCACAGUGAACAUCAUCAUCAGCACUGUGGACUAUCUGCUGCGGCUGCAGGAAUCUAUCAGUGACUUCUACUGGUACUACUCUGGCAAAGAUGUGAUUGACGAGACCGGAAAAGUCAACUUCUCCAAGGCGUUAUCUGUAGCCAAACAGAUCUUCAACUCGCUGACUGAGUAUAUUCAGGGCCCGUGUAUUGGAAACCAGCAGAGUUUGGCGCACAGCAGACUUUGGGAUGCGGUCGUUGGUUUCCUGCAUGUGUUUGCUAACAUGCAGAUGAAGCUGUCUCAGGACGCCAGUCAGAUUGAGCUGCUGAAGGAGCUGAUGGAUUUACAGAAAGACAUGGUUGUCAUGUUGCUGUCGCUGCUGGAGGGGAAUGUGGUGAACGGAACGAUCGGGAAGCAGAUGGUCGACACUCUGAUGGAGUCGUCGAACAACGUGGAGAUGAUCCUCAAAUUCUUCGACAUGUUCCUCAAGCUGAAGGACCUCACAACAUCCGACAAUUUCCGGGAGUACGACCCCGAGUGUAAAGGCAUCAUAUCUAAGAAGGAGUUCCAGAAGUCCAUGGAGAGCCAGAAGCAGUACAGCCAGUCUGAGAUCGAGUUCCUGCUCUCGUGCGCCGAGGCGGACGAGAACGACAUGUUCAACUACAAGGAGUUCGUGGAGCGGUUCCACGAGCCGGCCAAAGACAUCGGCUUCAACGUGGCGGUGCUGCUCACCAACCUGUCGGAGCACAUGCCCCACGACUCGCGCCUCGGCAGCUUCCUGGACCUGGCGGAGAGCGUGCUCAGCUACUUCGAGCCGUACCUGGGCCGCAUCGAAAUCAUGGGCAGCGCCAAGCGGAUCGAGAGGGUCUACUUCGAGAUCAGCGAGUCGAGCCGCGAGCAGUGGGAGAAGCCGCAGGUCAAGGAGUCCAAGCGGCAGUUCAUCUUCGACGUGGUGAACGAGGGCGGCGAGAGCGAGAAGAUGGAGAUGUUCGUCAACUUCUGCGAGGACACCAUCUUUGAGAUGCAGCUGGCGUCGCAGAUCUCCGAGCCGGACGCGGUGGAGCAGCCCGAGGAGGAGGAGGACGAGGACGGACACACCAUCCUGGACGAGCUGGCCGCGGAGGAGGAGGCCGCCCUGGAGUCGGCCUCGGCCUUCACCACCGCCUGCCGCUCCGUCAAGAAGAAGAUCCAACACGUGCGCAGCGUCUUCUCCAUCAAAAACGUGCGCAAGCAGCUGAAGAAAGUGAAGAAAUUGAGCAUCAAGGAGAUAAUCGUGGGAUUCUUCUCCUUCUUCUGGAUGCUCUUCACGGGCUUCUUCAAAGGCAUCUACAGCCUGGUCUUCGGCUUCUUCCACCUCAUCUGGUCCUCCAUGUUUGGCGGCGGGCUCGUGGAAGGAGCCAAGAACAUGAAGGUGACGGACAUCCUGGGGAACAUGCCCGACCCCACGCAGUUCGGGAUCCACGGGGACGCCAUGGAAGGGGAGAAGGUGGAGGCCGUGGAGUCGUCGGGGAGCCUGGACGCGGCCAUGGCGCCGGCGGGGGACAUCGCCGAGGUCGACGUGAUGCUGGAGCUGCUGACGGCGCCCAAGAAGGAAGGGGGGAAACACGUGGAGCCCGGCCUGGGGGACGUCUCCGAACUGACCGCCGACUCCUCUGCCGCCGACUCCAAGAAGAAAGCUGCUGCCAAGCCUGUCGAAGCCCCUGAGAAUGAACCCGAGAAAGCAGACUCGGAGAACCAGGAGAAGGAGGAUAAACCCAAGGAGGAGGAGGCGAAGGAGCCGGUGGCCGAGGAGAAGGCCAAGACCAGAUCCAGUCAGCCUAAGGAGGCGGCGCCCGCCUUCAUGUCCAGCAUCUUUGCUGUUCUCGACGUCUAUUUCACCAAGAUGCUGAACUACUUGGCUCGUAACUUCUACAACCUGCGCUUCCUGGCUCUGUUCGUAUGUUUCGCCAUCAACUUCAUCCUGCUCUUCUAUAAGGUCACCGGUGAGGCCGAGGAAGAAGCGGACGACGAGAACCGCUGGGGCGGCGAGGACGAGGAGGACGACGAGGACACGCUCUUCGACAUGGAUGAGUUCGUGCUGCAGGAGAGCACGGGCUACAUGCUGCCCACGCUGCGCUUCCUGGCCGUUUUCCACACCGUCAUCUCACUGCUCUGCCUGGUCGGAUACUACUACCUGAAGGUUCCCUUGGUCAUUUUCAAGAGGGAGAAGGAGAUCGCCCGGAAGCUUGAGUUCGACGGUCUGUACAUCACCGAGCAGCCGUCUGACGACGACAUCAAAGGCCAGUGGGACCGACUGGUCAUCAACACCCCCUCUUUCCCAAAUAACUACUGGGACAAGUUUAUAAAACGCAAGGUGAUCAACAAAUACGGCGACCUGUACGGGGCUGAGCGUAUCGCUGAGCUCCUGGGUCUGGACAAGAGCGCCCUGGACUUCGACCCCACCGUGGAAACUGUGGAGAAAGAAGCUUCGCUGGUGUCCUGGCUGAGCUCCAUUGAUACAAAGUACCACAUCUGGAAAAUGGGAGUGGUCUUGACUGAUAACAACUUCCUGUAUCUGAUCUGGUACACCACCAUGUCCAUUUUUGGACACUUCAACAACUUUUUCUUCGCCGCCCAUCUCCUGGACAUUGCCAUGGGCUUCAAGACCCUUCGCACCAUCCUCUCCUCCGUCACUCACAACGGCAAGCAGCUGGUGCUGACGGUGGGCCUGCUGGCCGUGGUCGUCUAUCUCUACACCGUGGUGGCCUUCAACUUCUUCAGGAAGUUCUACAACAAGAGCGAGGACGAGGACGAGCCCGACAUGAAGUGCGAUGACAUGAUGACGUGCUACCUGUUCCACAUGUACGUGGGCGUGAGAGCCGGAGGCGGGAUCGGAGACGAGCUGGAGGACCCGGCCGGAGAUCCCUACGAGCUCUACCGCAUCCUGUUCGACAUCACCUUCUUCUUCUUCGUCAUCGUCAUCCUGCUGGCCAUCAUCCAGGGUCUGAUCAUCGACGCCUUCGGUGAGCUGAGAGACCAGCAGGAGCAGGUGAAGGAGGACAUGGAGACCAAAUGUUUCAUCUGUGGCAUUGGGAACGACUACUUCGACCGGACACCUCACGGGUUUGAAACCCACACCCUACAAGAGCACAACUUAGCCAACUACCUGUUCUUCCUGAUGUACCUGAUCAACAAGGACGAGACGGAGCACACGGGUCAGGAGUCUUACGUUUGGAAGAUGUACCAGGAGCGAUGCUGGGACUUCUUCCCGACUGGAGACUGCUUCCGGAAGCAAUACGAGGACCAGCUGGGUUAGAGUGGGCAGCCUCGUCUGCUGCCCUGAACGCCCCCUCUCUCUACUUUCCUUCUAUCCGAAAGAGACGCUGAACUGAAUUUCACCCUGUUAACAGAAACUGAACACGCUGCCAUGGUGUCAAAAAAAAAAAAAAAAAAAAAAAAAAAAAGAGAAGAAAGAACACAACUUGGAACGAAUUCUGAUUGAGACACACAAACACACACUGAUCCGAAGACGUACAGCUCAUGAUUGGACGUUUUGCGUUUGUGCAUUCGAGCCCUCUUUUUCUCGUGACUGAAAAA